GCAGAGGUUUUCCCAGGAAGGGCCAUCUGCUGCGUGUAAUGAAAUCGUCUCUCUUAAAAGUCAGACUGUUCAGUGAUCAGACUCUCUGUCCCGAGGUCACACUCCAAAACACCACCGAAGCCAUCGGCUGGCUUGUAGCUCCCAACAACAAGCACAAGCUCAGCCUCCUUUGUCUCCAGCAGGGAGGACCAGCCCAGCACCAGCCUAUCCCAGAACGUCCACAAAGAGCUCGAGGGUGCACAGAACAAGAUCUGCACUUCAUUGACAGCUAGAAUGACUUUUCUUGACCCAGAACCAGAUACAAAGAACAAAACUUGCCCAGAAUUUGUUGUUGUCCUAAAUGAGCUUGUGGCAGACUUCAGGGUAGAAUGAGCAAAAUGGGAAACAUUUUGCUCAGUGCAAGAGUUCCGCCUGUGAGGGUGAGCCUGUGUUGAUUUCAUCAGGUUCUGACUCUUCAAAAAUUGUUCAAUUACUGCUUGAGAAGCUAAGCAAAGCAGGAGUUUUUCCUCCACUUGAGAAAUCCUUCUGAUGCUUGCCUAACAUAGAAGACAACAUGGAUGUUAAAAAUGUAGUUAAAUCUCAGGCAACUUUUUCCUGCCUAAAGGAUUUGUCAGAGGAUGGUGCUGACCUGCUUCUUUUUAAGGGUGUGGUUGACCUCACCGCUGGAAGAGCAGAGGAAUACUGCAGCAGACCGGUGCCUUCUCACCCCACAGAUGUAUCCACUUGUCACACAGGCAACUGUUGCCUUAACACACAGGACUCUGGAUCUCAGUCUCUGGCAGAUGUCCAAGCAUGUAAAAUGACUGGGCUGGGCAGACCUCUAACCACAAAUUCCCUGCUUGAUGAGCAGGCAGACACUUCUGUAGGUAAUCACACUGAUUUUGGAAAAGAUGAUUCUGAAAAUUCUGCCUCUGUUCUGGAGAUUUAUGCAGAGAAAGUAACAAGUGUAAAUGAUAACUUUUCUGAUGAUGACCUGGAGUACUUUGAAUGUUCAGAUGUGCUUACAGUGCAUGAAGAUGAAAUCUGGAAAAAGAAAUUACAGUUUUUAUUAGAAAGUGAUGAUGAGGAUGAUCUAAAACUGAGUAAGGAUUGUGAUGGGUGUGCUUACUUCCUCAGUGAAAUGCCUUGUGUGUUCCAAGUGUCAGAUAACACUACGCCUAUGGAUACCCCCAUUGGCUUCUGUGAGCAUCAGUCAAAAAUCAAAGAAGUAAACGUAAGGAGAGACCCCUCUAUGUACAGCCAGUCUGCUUUGCAGACAGAGAUGACUCUCACUGUUGGCCAGCACCGAGAUAAAAGUAGCAUUUUGAAAGACAAAGAGAAGAAUCAAGUGCCUGUUGCUUCUGCAGCCACUGGAAAUGAACAUCCCAGAAGUGAAGAAGAGACUAAUGGAAGCGGCCAUCUGGCUGCAGCUUCCUCAAGGGGCGAACCAAAGCCCACGGACACUGUCCCUGCCCAGGUAGACUCAUCUGCCAAUGGCAUCGGUGCUGCUUGCACAGAUCAGGCUUUGGGGACAACGACAGAAACCAGCCCCAGUGGAGACGUGCUAGGGGAAAGCUCACUGCUGCUGGAGGAGGGGAGAAGUAAUGUGCCAGAGGGAAAUGCACGACACGCUGUCUGUACCUUAACAGAAAGUCUGAAGAGAAACCUUUUCAAGCUGUUAAACCCUAUAGAACUUUGCAGAUAUGUAAGUACUAUAGGACAGUCUUUCCAGGCUGCAGCAGAGGGUGGGGAAUCCAGAGCUCCGUCUCCCAGUCAGGAAGGUGUCCGUUCAACAUGGAUUUCCAAGAAGACAGAAAAUGUGCAAAUGCAGCCUGGUCUGUGUCCAACAGACGAGGCAGAUAAAGACAAUCACUGUGAGAGGAAAAGGACUUGGGGCCUGUCUGAGCAAAACCAGAUACCAGAUGAGAAUAUCUCGUUUGGGAGCCAAGGUGCUAAUCUUAAAAGCAUUACCCAGAAUUGUGAGGACCUAUGUAUGGAGCCCAGAACAGAAAAGGAAGUCAUCUUCAGGGCUUGUGAGAGUGCAGGAACCAGCCUGCUCUCUGCUGAAAACAUCCUGCAAAUAAAGAAUGCAGAUUUACAGACUUCUUCUCUUCACUGUGCUCCUUGUGAAAAGAGAGAAGGUUGUCACCAACAGGUCUUCUCUGGACAAGAAAUUAUUAGUAAUGGCAAAAAGUCAAAGAAUGACAUUUCCCAUUCUCUAUGGGAUAUGGACUCUGCUCCUGAUAAACAGGAAUGCUUGUGUGCCGUUCUCUCUUCUGCAAAGCUGUGUGAUGAGCCAGGGGAGGGAGAGCAAAGGCCUGGGCUUGACAUACACGGUAGCAGUAACCCAGAUAUUCUCUGCAGCCGAUCAGCCGAUGAGGCUGUGUCUGAAGCUCGUCCCAAAUCAGUCCUGGAAUCUGGAGAAUCUGAGUGCAAAGGAGAUGCUGAUAUAUCUGCAGUGCAUGACAAGCUGUGGAAACUUCUUCAUGAAGAUGACUCAGACUAUCGAAUCCCAAUUGAAAACAGAGGCAUCCCAAGUUUAGGUACGAGGCUGCCAGAUACCAAAGUCGCAGAACUGAACUUUGUGCAGGAGACCUAUUCCAAUCAUCCUUUGCCAAUGGAUUUGAGAGAAGAGCAGGAACCCAUCACAGAACCAGCUCAUAACCCACGAACUGAGAAAGCUGACUGCAAUAUUUCUGAUAUCCUCCUGCAGAGUGCUGCAGCAUGUGAGAGUGCAUCCAUAGGAAACAUUUGUCUUGCACAAGUGGCAGGAACAGAUGGUGUCUGUCUAGAUUCUGGCACUGGGAAUGAGAGGGAAACACCAUCCAUUUGUGUUUCAGCAAACAGUGUCCUCUUAAGUACCCAGGAGUGCUUGGAGCCAAAUCCAAUGGUCACGGACAGCAAUGGAUCCACUGUGGCUUGGGAAGGGAAGCUUGCUGUUAAUAAUGCUGCCCAAAGAUGUGAAGCAGAUUCUCCUCAAAGGUUACAAAAUGCUCAGAGCAGUAAUUUAGCAUGUCCCAAAGCAAACCCAGCUGACAUAUCAGAUAUGUCUCGUGGGACAGCUGGACAGUUACUUCAUACUGAAUGCAACAUAUCCACGAUAAAUGAGUCUGUGCCUGGAGAAGGCUAUCAUUUUAAGGACUGUUAUCCAGCAAGAGGAGAACUGGCUUAUUUCCCUGAAGAGGAAGACAUUUUCCUCAGUGAAAAUACCAGUCAGUUUACACAUGCAGAACACUCUUCUGUUAACACCACACAUACAAGUUAUGAAGUGAAUUUACAAAAAGAAGGAAAUCACUCAGGCUUGAAUGCACCAAAUGACACUAAUUCUGACAGCUACCAUCUUUCAAAAAAUAAUGGCUGUCAGGAUUUUCAAAUUGUUUCUAAUGCACAGAAAUACAGUUACAUAAUGCAAUCGCCUACUUUAAUUCAGAUUCAUGAAACCAUAACACAUAAGAAUCUACCCCAAAAUACAGGCCAACUGACAGAAAUAGCAAAACAAGAAGAGGCAGUUCCUCCCCCUUCUGGGGAGCCAUUUUUAAGAGAUUUUUAUCUAAAAGUGCCCAGCUGUGAACCAUGGAAACCAGGAGGAGAACAGAGAGAGAUUUGCAUACCUGAGGAACACAGGGCUGAAACUUCCUGUGACUCAGGAGUUAGUCAGGUUUCAGAGAGUCAGACUGCAGCUUCUCCCUGUAAUACAGCAGAACAACAUUCAUUUUUUGUUGACAGCUCCUUCACGUCUGAUGAAGAGCUAAAAAUAGAUUCUUCAAAAAAUCCCACCUAUGCAGCUGGAAGUGUAACACCAACCAGUGCCCUGCUGCCCAGGGAGGCUCAAAGUGAGCACCACAGCACAGCAGCAGGGGAGGAUGGAGGUGCUGGGGAUCAGCUACAUUCCCAAAACCUGCUUGGAAACAAAACCCUGCCCUUCCUCACACCUGUAAGCCACUCAGAGGGCCUUCCCAGUGAAUCUGAAGUGGCGUGUCCUGGCACAAGAAGUGAGGGAAAAACUGGAUCCACACAAACUGUUGUCAAAGUAAACAGAAAUUUAACUACAUUGGAAAUUUCCUGCAAGUCUUGUCAGGGUCUGUUCAGGAGGGUCCCUGGAGAAACCAAAGGGGAAGCAGCCUUGUGUGAAAAUGAACAUGAGAUUCCAAGAGCUGUUGAAUAUAACCUAGAAGCUGAAACAAAGGCUCCUUUGCACACUUUGACUGGUUCCCUGGCUCUGAAACAGAUUAUGAAUAUUAGCACAGAGCAGUCUUGUCCUGACUUGAUACCUUCUAGCAAGAUAACUGAGGCUGAGAAUUCAAUUAAGACCACUGAGUAUGAUAAAAAGGAGGAAGUCAGGACAGCAGAGAGUGUAAUGAGUGGUUUAGUUAAUUUGCCACCAGUUGAUUCAGGGAACAAACAGUGUUUUCAAGAGCAACCACUCCAGAGAGGAGCUCCGUCAUUCUCUUUGCCGUGCACCACACUUGAUCCAUUCCCAGCCAACACAGAAAAUCAAAGAAAUCAGGAAGGGUCAAAAUCGUGCCAGACACCACUGGCUGCUGCAGAGCCUGAGCCCAUCAAAUGUAAAGAGGACGCAACAAAGAGUGGGCAUGUAGCUGCUGGAGCCAAGAAGAAAUUACCACCAGCAACUCUGUCCAAAAAACCCAGGCUGGAGGAGAGGGGAAGUGUCAGCAAGGAUCCCGGCUGCGUUAAAAAGUCUGGGAAGAGCGAGGGAGGCGUGAUUCAUAAAGAGGAUAGAAAAGAGCAAAGGAAAUUCAUUUUGAAAAAGGAUAGCAAAGCCCCCAGGCUGCUGAAGAAGAUCCAAGCAGAGUUAUUCCCUGACUGCUCUGGAAGUAUUAAGCUGUGCUGUCAGUUUGGUGACAUUCAUGGUGACUCCACCAUUACAUGGACUAAAGAUUCCAAGGUACUGGCUCGGCUGCAGAGAAGUGCCCAGGAUGACUCUCCCAUCUCUCUGGAAAUAGCUGAAGCCAGCUACCAAGACCAGGGAAUGUAUUAUUGCUGCUUGAAUAACAUGUAUGGAAAGGUGACUGCUGAGUUUCAUCUGACUGCUGCAGUAUUGGAACGUCUCUCAAGUUUUCAGAGUUACGAAGGUGUGGAAGAAAUUGAAUUCAUGCAGCUGAUGUUUAGAGAAGAUCCCCUCAGCUCCAGCUACUUUGGUGAGGCGCUGCAUGGAGCAAUAAUGACAGAGGGGCUGCACUUUGGUGAGGGGAUGCACCGCAGAGCCUUCCGCAGCCGCGUGCUGCAGGGCCUGGCGCCCACCUUCGCCCCCGGCCACGUCUGCGUGCUGAAGGUGCACAACGCCCUCACCUACGGCACCAAGGGCAGGGACGAGCUGCUGCAGAAAAACUACAGUCUGGCACUGCAGGAGUGCUAUGUCCAAAAUACUGCAAGAGAGUAUGCAAAGUUAUAUGCAGCUGAAGCCGAACCCUUGGAAGGAUUUGGAGAAGUACCAGAAAUCAUUCCAAUUUUUCUUAUUCAUCGCCCUGCUAAUAACAUCCCCUAUGCCACAGUGGAGGAGGAGCUGGUUGGGGAGUUUGUGAAGUACUCUGUUAAGGAUGGCAAGGAAGUGAAUUUCCUGAGAAGAGACACAGAGGCUGGCCAGAAGUGCUGCACCUUUCAGCACUGGGUGUAUGAGAAGACCAACGGGAACUUGCUUGUCACUGACCUGCAAGGUGUAGGGAUGAAGUUAACUGAUGUUGGCAUAGCAACCCUGGCCAAAGGAUACAAGGGGUUUAAAGGCAACUGCUCCUUUUCCUUCAUUGAGCAGUUCAGAGCCCUCCACCAGUGCAAUGAGUACUGUGAGAUGUUGGGGCUGAAAUCUCUCCGAACCACUCAUCAAAAACAGAGGAAAAUAAUGUCCAAUAAAAGCAAAAAUCUGCCAAACUCAUCAACAGUAAAGAAAAUGGUGCCCAAGAAGGCAAGAGAACCUAGAGACUUCAUCUCUUCAGAGCACUGAGUCUCACUACCCCACCUUGUGAAACUACUCUUGAGGACACGGAGCAGUGACACACCUCAGUGACCGGAGGGGAUAACUUUUGUCUUUUGCCUUUUGACAUUGUUUUGGAAUCAUUCUGAUGCUGAUGCUAGCAACAAAGGAAGGAGCUGAUCCUGUGCUCUUGGUGCCUGAGAUUUAACACUGGAGCAAGGUUUUGAAAACAAACUAAGCCAUCUCCUGGAUUUUCUUACAGGCUUCUGUGGAUUGGUAAUGGAGAAGAGCAUCUUCUCUUGUGUAUACAUUCAUGGCCCUGUGGUUCAGCUGCUAUGGAAACAUCAGUGUAUUUAAGAGGCCAAGUACAAGUUUUGCACAGUAUUGCAUUUGCAUAUGCAUGCUGCGUUAUUUAAAACUAGAAGUCAGGAAAAGUGAAUUUUAGAACACAUAAAUAUUAAAGUUACCACUUCCAUUGCAAAA